AUGAUGGCAACAUGUGUAUUAUUGAGCGAUUUCGAGCAUCAGUAUUCACUGCAGACUGCUGAAAUCACUGCACGUAUUGGACGAUUGAGUGACCUAGAUAAGAAUGCCCGGAUUGAUGGAAUUUGUCAAAUUCAACGUUUAUUGGUGGACGUUGAGAUUUUGUUGGGCCAGAUGGAGUUAACUGUCAGGGAAUUGGAACCCUCAACAACAUAUGAAAGUUACAGUGCUGAGCGAUCAAAAUAUGAGUUAAGAGUUCGUAGUUAUCAAAGUGAUAAGAAGCAGUUAGACGCUGAACUAGACAAAACAAUUCAGCGUCUAAAAGAAAAUGCAGAUCGCGAUGAAUUACUGACAUACGAUAAUGAAAUCUCGCUUAAUCAACAGGACCAUUUAAUUGAAAGUACCGAAAGAUUGGAAAGGACGUCCCGAAGACUUCAGGAUACUUAUAGAAUGGUAAUUGAAACGGAACAGAUUGGAGCAGAAGUUUUGGAUGACUUGAAUUCUCAACGUGAAACAAUAACGCGGGCACGUGAACGUAUGCGACAAACAGAUACAGAUUUAAACAAAAGUCAUAAAAUCCUAUCCUUGAUGAUUCGCAGAAUAAUCCAGAAUCGCUUGCUGUUGCUCGUUAUUGCAAUAUUACUGCUAUGUUUAUCACUAUUUAUCAUCUAUAAGUCGUUAUAA